AUGCGAAGCGAUCAUCUCAGCAAACACGUGAAGACACACGAGACGAAGAAGAAUAAGAUGAGCAACUCUAAUGGAAGCGGAGGCGCCACGGGCAAAGCGAGAAAAACCGGAAGUGGUGGUGUACGCAUUCACACAGACGAACAGGAAACCGAAAAAAUUGAGGUCGAUGACGACGACGGAAUUGAGAUUGAUGUCGACGUUGAUGUCGACGGUGAUGUUGAUGUUGAUGGUGAUGUUGAUGUCGAUGUCGACGGUGAUGUUGACGUUGAUGUGGAUGGUGAUGGUGAUGGCGAUGUGGAUGGCGAUGUAGGAGACAAUGCGACUUUAUCCGACGAAGAUAUUGACGUCGAGACUGACUUUACCGACUCGAACCAAGCAAUGCUCGCGGCCUCAAAACACUGCAAUUAA